AUGCUCGACAUCAAAGGAUCCGCCGACUACCUCAGUCGGUCGGGCACAUUUACCAACUUCUCUAUGCUGUUUGCUGAUGCGUCAUAUAAGAGUUCGUGGUCUACACAUGCAACGUCACAGGGUACACAAGGAUAUGGCAGCAAUUCGUUGUCAGCGAUGUCAAAAUCGUCGUUAGACGCUCACACGCAUCUGCGACAACCAGAUCCAUACCAGAUGUUUGGUCCAACCAGUAGUCGUCUUGCUAAUUCAGGGUCUGGGCAAAUUCAGUUGUGGCAAUUCCUGCUAGAAUUGUUAAGCGACUCCAGCAAUGCCGGCUGCAUUACAUGGGAGGGCACUAACGGAGAGUUCAAGCUCACAGACCCGGACGAAGUGGCCCGUCGGUGGGGAGAGCGCAAGUCGAAGCCCAAUAUGAAUUACGACAAACUUAGUAGGGCUCUAAGAUACUACUACGACAAGAAUAUUAUGACGAAGGUGCAUGGUAAACGAUAUGCAUACAAGUUCGAUUUCCAAGGGCUAGCAGCGGCCACGCAACCGGCGGCCAGCGACCCAGCCUAUAAAUAUCAGAGCGAUUUAUUCAUGAGCUCCUAUCACCACUCAGCUAAGCUAUCUUCUUUCAUGGCUCCGCACGCGGCUAUGCCUACGUCUACAGCGUCAAUAUUCCCGUCAGCGUCAUGGAGUAACUGGGGCGGGGGUGGGGGCAACCUCUACUCCCCCCACUCUAUGGCUCCACCCCAUGUGACGUCACACCUGGGCUCAUAUCCGCACUACGCA